AUGCAGACAAUCGAUGUUGCGCCAACAGCCCCUGGCAAUGAUGCUAUUUCGCGAAUCGAGAUGGCUCCAUCAAAUACCCAGCCUGGAACGGGCUACCAUAUUCAUCCCACCAUGGUAGAUGGCCUGUUACAGCUCUUGAGUUGCGCUGCCAUCAAUGGCCAAGACCGCAAGGCAAAGCUAUGGCUUCCCACAACCAUUGAAAAUCUCACCAUGAAGAGAUGUACAGGGGUGAUCACAGCCCAUGUGUCUGGCGACAUCACAAGCAAUGGCUCGAUCCAUGGACGAGGCUCUUUCACCUCUGAUGGAAAAAUCUUUCUGCAGGCUUCUGGCAUCCAUUUGGCUCUUGGUAAUGGCUCCGAGUCCAACAGCAUGUCAGAUACGCACGCCGCGGCUCGAUACACUUGGGGACCAGACAUUGACUUCAUUGACAUCGGCACUCUGGCAAAGACUCCAGUCGAUCGAGGCUCAGAACUAGCUCUCCUAGACCAUCUCACCAGCCUCUGUCUAGGCUGCUCUCAGCCUGAUGGGUCCAUGUCUCGGCCUCCAUCCACUCAUCUCAAGUUAUACGCCCAGUGGAUCAGCAAGCAAGUGAGAGCUGGGACGAGCGGUACUUCAACGCCCACAGACCAGGAUGUCGUUCUUGAGAGCUUGGAGGAGUGGGCCAAGCGCCUUUCUCGUAAACCCGCAGCCGCCGCGGUAGUAGUGCUCCAGGACGUCUUCUCCAAUCUACCAGCUAUCUUGCGUGGCGAUUACAUGCCCAGCGAAAGCCUACGUGACGGGAUUCGAGCUGACCUGUCACGGUUCACUAGUUCAUUCGACAUAUCUUCCCUUGUGAAGCAUGUCUGCCACUCCAGGCCCAACCUGCGUGUCCUUGAGAUUGGUCAGGACGCCUCCAACCCAUCGUCUUCUAUUACCGAAAGUCUCAUGCUAUCUAAUGGGGAGAUUUUGUGCUCUCAGUACACCUUUACCACCAAGAGCUAUACCUCUACUACGGACCAGGACACGGCAUUCUCAGCCAUGGAGUUCCUUACAUUGGACAUCAGCAAGGAUCUCGACGAACAGGGGUUUGAUGAUCGCCAGUACGAUCUUAUCGUGUUCCCGAAUGUGGUAGGCUCCGCAAGCAUCUCAUUGCCCAUUUUACAAAACAUCAAGAAUCUCCUAGCACCUCAGGGACGAUUAGUUUUGCAGCUUAUCAACACUGAUUCUGUCUGGGCAAGAUAUGUGUUCGGCUCCCAGCCUUCAUGGUGGCUUAGCUCACCUUCAGAUGAUGGCCACCCGCAAGGAGACCAUCUUGAUGCGUUACAACAAAGCCUCUCUUCUUCUGGUCUCGGCAGGGUUGACUGCGUUGCCGAAGACGGGAUUUCGACCACAAUUAUCGCCAGGCCGACAGAGAAGGAGAUUCUAGCAAAGAAAGUUUCAGUAUUAUACACUGACCCCGACGAGGUUGAGAUAUCAGAUGACCCAAUAGUACUCCAACUGGAAGGCGCCGGGUACCAACUCACAAAGUCGUGUUUGAGCAAUCCGAACUUGCCUCCUGGGCAAGACGUAAUUUGUCUUCUUGAUCGAUCUCGCCCCUUUUUCGAGACAUUGGCUGCUGAUCAACUAGAAACUCUCCGAAUGCUCGUGACCAAGCUGGAUGGCGCUGGCCUUUUCUGGGUGACGGAGCACUGUCAGAUGGGUGUGAAAGAUCCAACAUACGCUCCUGUGAUUGGCUUUGCGAGAACCAUGCGAACGGAGAUGCUUGUCGAUUUCGCAACCUGCGAGAUCGAGGACUGGGUCGAAGAUGUCUCUGUGCUGAUCAAAGUUUUCCAGAAGUUCCAGAGCCGUAAUCAAGUAGAAGACGAUUUCAAGCCCGAGCUUGAGUUUGCCAUUAAGCAAAGUCAGGUCCACAUUGGACGCUACUAUCCGUUCAGUCUCCCAACCGAGUUGUCCUCCUUGUCCGUCUCCGAGAACUAUAUUCUUGACGUUGAGACUCCUGGAAGGAUCACGAGUCUCCAGUUUGAGCCUUCUCUCCGCCGCGCACCUGCUGAGGGAGAAAUCGAGUUUGAGGUUGCCGCCACUGGCCUGAAUUUCAGAGAUGUUCUCAUCGCUAUGAACAUUGUCGAACUUCCAGUCCGAAGGUUUGGGCCAGAAGCUUCGGGAAUCGUCACCAGAGUCGGAUCAGGGGUGACGAAUUUCAAAGUGGGGGACCGCAUCGUCGCCUCUGUUUUCGCAGGAUUCACAAAAUAUGUCUGCGUUCCUGCUUUUGGCUGUGUUCAACUACCUGAUUCUAUCGAUUUCAUCGAGGCUUCGUCUAUACUUAUCCCAUACAUCACAGCUAUCUACUCUCUGAUCAAUAUUGGUAGACUCGCCGAAGGCCAAUCGAUUCUUAUUCACAGUGCCUGCGGUGGUGUUGGUCUCGCGGCUCUGAUGAUCGCUCAAAUGCUCGGGGCCGAUAUCUACACUUCCGUGGGCAGCGAGGAGAAGGUCCAGUAUUUGCACAAAGAGUUCGGCAUCCCCCUCAACCGCAUCCUUCAUUCCCGAGAUGACUCCUUUGUCGCAGAUGUGAUGCGAGAGACAAACGGCCGAGGUGUCGAUCUGGUCCUCAACUCUCUCUCGGGCGAGCUUCUGCAUGCCACAUGGAACUGCGUCGCCUCUUUUGGCACCAUGGUAGAAAUUGGAAAACGAGAUUUGAUCGGUAACGGCAAGCUAGACAUGCGGCCCUUCCUGGCCAACCGCAGCUACUCCUGUGUUGAUAUUGACCACUUUUGGCGGAAGCCCGCACUUCUUAAGCAUCUUGUUACCUCAACUGUCAAAUAUCGCGAUGAGGGACACAUUCGAGCUAUGCCAGUCAAGCUGUUCCCCGCUAGUGAGAUCCGGGAGGCGUUCCGCUACAUGCAAAAGGGACAGCACAUUGGUCGUGUGUCAGUUGCCAUGCGUGACGAUCUGGUUGACCAAAAGUUCACUAUCGAAGUGGUCCCCCGUCCCUUACAGACUACUUUCAACAGCUCGGCUUCGUACCUCCUCGUCGGCGGCCUGGGUGGCCUCGGCCGAGCUGUUUCCCGCUGGAUGGUGGAACAAGGCGCCCGUGAGCUCAUCUAUCUCUCUCGAAGCGCACGCGAGACCGGUGACACCGCGGUCUUUGUUGAGGAGCUGCAGGCCGCCGGGUGCCAUGUCCAACUUGUCGCUGGUGAUGUGACUAAGCCAGAGGAUGUUGUUAGAGCGAUUACAGCUGCGUCACUGCCCCUUAAGGGCAUACUCCAGCUCUCCAUGGUGCUCCGUGACGAAAACUUCGAGAGCAUGACGAUUGACGACUGGGACACGGCAGUUGCUCCCAAGGUCAAGGGUACAUGGAACCUGCACAACGCAACCAAGGAUAACAGUCUUGACUUCUUCGUUCUUUUCAGUUCGAUUUCCGGAGCGGUCGGUCAGCCUGGUCAGGCGAACUAUGCAAGUGCCAACACCUUCCUCGACGCAUUUGUACAGUACCGAGAGUCGUUGGGCCUAGUUGCCUCAGUUAUCGACAUUGGCGCCGUGGCCGAUAUCGGUGUCAUCACUCAAACUCGCGGCCUCAUGAGCAAGAUGAAGUCGACCGGCUUCAAGGGCGUUCAAGAGCAAGAGCUUCUCGACGCCAUUGACCUAGCCAUCGCUCGAGGGGGUGCCCAAACGCUGGAGAAGAAUUCUAACUCAGGUCUGAGCUGGUCUAGCCAGAGCACGUUCGUUCUCGGUCUUGGCUCGGACCAGCCCCUAAAAAGUUCCAGCAACCGAACGGUGUGGCGAAACGACAGGCGCAUGGCGAUAUAUCACAACAAGAGCGGUACUUCUGGCCCAUCAGAUGCUACGGCAUCUUCGAACCAAGCCCUCAAGGCGGCCAUCGCAGGCGCUCUUGCUGACUCUUCAGCACUCAAAUCGGCAGAUUUUGGGGAGUACCUUGCAAUGGAGAUUGGCAAGAAGCUGCUUGAUCUCCUGCUCAAGCCAUACGAUGACCUGAACACUGCAAGGCCCUUGGUAGACCUCGGUCUUGACUCGCUCGUGGCUAUCGAGUUGAGGGCGUGGUGGAAGCAGCUGUUUGGGUUCGACAUCAGCGUUCUUGAGAUGCUGGGAAUGGGAUCUCUACAUGCUUUAGGACAACGUGCCGUUGAGGGAUUGUCAGAAUCCACAGGUGGAGCAGAAUAG